AUGGUCUAUGAAGUGCAAGGACAUUUCUUGUUAAAGCUUUACUUGAGGCGGAAACUUGUUCCACGAACUUGCAUAGCCUUUACGCCUUACGCGUGCAAGGGUAUGUUGAUGUUGGUUAGCAACCUCGAAGGCGGGUGUCCGGCGACUAGAGAGUUCAAGAAUUUCUUUUCGAGUUUCAAGGCUUACAUGUCCUUCCUCCAAUCAGUAUCGGUCUCAUCAUCAAGCAACAUUGAUACCGAGUUGAAUGGGAAAGCCAAAUCGCUUUUCGAAUCUUGUGAAGUACUGAAUGCAAUCAAAGGCAGAAAAUCAUCACGUGUGUCGAGUUUCCAGACGACCAUGUUGUCAAUGGGAAAGAUUUUGAUUGAGCAGAAGAGGAGUGGUUCAAGGAUUAUGUCAUUCAGACAAAGGAAACAGUUGAUCAUUGCUAUGGUGCAAUGGACUCGAAUGCUCCUAACAUUCGUGAAGACUGCAGCCGAGCAGAGGGGAAAGUCGAUUGAUAUCUCAUCUUACGGACUUGAUGUUGAUGUUAAUCAAUCAGUUGGAAGCAGCGGCAGUUCCUCUUCGAGUGAAGAUGAAAGUACCCCAACCAACUCUGGAAGUACCCCAACACCUUCUGGAAGUACCCCAACACCCUCUGGAAGUACCCCAACACCCUCAACACCCUCUGGAAGUACCCCAACACCCUCUACAAGUACCCCAACACCUUCUGGAAGUACCCCAACACCCUCUACAAGUACCCCAACACCUUCUGGAAUUUCCCCAACACCCUCUGAAAGUACCCCAACACCCUCUGGAAGUUCGCCAACCAGCUCUGGAAGUGUUGACCAAAGUGAAUCCGCAACGAAAACUAAAACUGGCUCCAAGACAAAAGAAUCAAGUGGUAGCGAGACAAAAGAAUCAAGUGGCAGUGGAGCUGCAUACCCAGACACUACAGGUACAAAAUCAGCAAGUCCCAGUGGAAGUCCCACUCCCAAAUCUUCUGGUUCUGGUCAGACAACUGAGGACAGCUCUACUACUACUGCUUCAGAAUCCGCUUCAGGUUCUUCAAAGAAGAAAGAAUCCGCUUCUAGAAAUACUUACUCAGACACUACCGGUACAAAAGCGGUAAGUCCCACCACUAGCUCCUCUGGCUUAGAGAAUCAAAGCAAAGGAACCGCUUCUGCCGAGAGUAAAGAAUCCAAGAGCGGAGCCGAGAAUAAAGAAUCCAAGAGCAGAAGCCAAACUAGCGCAUCAUCCACAACAUCGGUGAAACAAGUCGAGACUGAGACUUCUAGUGAAGUCAUGUCAUUCAUUUCGAGCCUUGAGAAGAAGUAUACAGGGAAUGCAGAACUCAGGGUCUUCUUCGACAAACUCAAAACAUCUAUGUCUGCUUCCUCAAAGAUUUCUUCCACAAACGCACAAGACUUAGUUUCUACGAUGAGAGCUGCUGCUGGGAAACUAUCCGAGGCCAUGAUGUUUGUGCGUUCAAGGUUCAGCAAAUCAGCAGAGACCAAGACCUCCAUGGAAACUUACCAAGAACAAGUGAUGAACAGUGUCAAGGAACUACAAGAAAUCAACAGUGAAAUCGCAAGCGCAAAGGCAGUGACAACAACACAAAAGACCGAGCUUAAGCAGACAAUCACUAAAUGGGAACAAGUCACUACCCAAUUUGUUGAGACUGCUGCUUCUUCAAGCCAAUCUUCCUCUUCGUCUCAGAAGAACAGUUCUGCAUACAAGGAAAGCAGUGGUAUGUCUCAGAAGCAAACCAGUGCAAUGAUCGCCCAAGCCAGUUGA